UUCUUCCUGUUUUUCGGGUGAAAAAAAGUGAAACUGUAGCUGGUUCAGACUCAAACAGCCCUCAUUUAUUUUACACUCUGAUCAUCCGCUCAAAUCUGCAGGGUGUCAGUUUUUCUGUUCAGGAUGUCAGCUGUUAAGAUGACAGAGGGGAGUGUGCAGGUGGAGAGCUGCAAAGCGCCACUGUUCUACAGACAGAGUGAACCUGCUGUAGGGGAAGUGAGAAUAUCAGUUUUACUCCUUCACGGCAUCCGUUUCUCAUCAGAAAACUGGCUCAACAUUGGCACUCUGGAGACUCUGGCCAAAGCAGGCUGCCGUGCGGUCGCCAUUGACCUGCCAGGGCUCGGCCGGUCCAAGUCAGCCGAGGCCCCGGCCGCGAUUGGAGAACCGGCCCCUGCGGAUUUCCUGAAGGAGGUGUGUGAGGAGCUGAGCCUGAGCCCGGUGGUGGUGAUCAGCCCGUCCCUCAGUGGGAUGUACUCCCUCCCCUUCCUCCUACAGCACCAGGCUCUGAUACGAGCCUACGUCCCUGUAGCUCCCAUCUGCACCGACAAAAUCACAGCAGAGCAGUACCGGAGUGUAAAGGUCCCAUCUCUGAUUGUUUAUGGUGAUCAGGACACCCAGCUUGGGGCACUGUCACUGAGCAACCUGAGCAACCUGGCCAAUCACAGCGUGGUGGUGAUGAAAGGAGCGGGUCACCCCUGUUACCUGGACGACCCAGACACUUGGCACAGAGCCCUCACUGACUUCCUUAAUACCUUGUGAAGCUGCUCGUUGUGUUUCAGUGGAGAGAUUCUCAACAAAAACUGUCACACAUAAACAACUCAAAGGAGCCACACAAAUAAACCAUUCAUGAGAAAUGAAACUGAUUUUGACUUUUUAAAUAGAAUACUAAAAGCUAGUAAUGAAACUGGAAAUAGAGACUUUUCUAAACUUUUGAAGGCAAAGUAAGACAUUUUUAGAUAUAUACGCUUAUUCAUUUUUUCUGCUGAGAGUUAGAUAGGACAAUUGAUGUCUAUAUGGUAAACAUGAAGCUACGGCUCACAGAGAGCUAACCUAGCUUAGCAUAAAUACUUGAAAUGGCUAAACUAACCUGGCUCUCUCCAAAGGUAACAAAAUCAACCUACCAUCACUUCUAAAACCUUACUAAUUAACGUGUUUUAUCUAUUUAUCUUUUCCUGUUUCCAGUCUUUGUGCUAAGCUAAUUUAGCUGCUGGUGUGAAUCAUAUGAGAAACGUCAGUUAAUUGUCUUUUCUAAUUAAGAAAGCUGAUACAGUUAGUGUAUUUCCAAGAUGUAAAACUUUUUUUUGAAAGACUUUCUAUUUUCAGUGUAAUCUGAAAAUAAAUGAAUCUCCACCUGUGUCUCGACUGAAAAAAAAACACACGCUGAAUGAAGUGAAAAAUAUGAACAUUAUUUAAUAACUGAUUCUCUGUAAUAAACAAUUUGAAAAUAUUUUACAAGGAGUCACAGACACAAUAUUUUACAAAUUUUGCUCUCUUCUUUUUUUCAGCUUCAUCUGUACAAAAGAAUGGAGCGACAUGGACCAGUGCCCAGAAAAGAAGGAGCUAAAUCUUCCACGCACACAAACAUUCACACUCACACAAAUA